AGCAGUGGGCUCCAGAGUUCAUGGACCUUGUAAACAGUGGAUACUGGCCAGCUUCCACCAGCUCUUCUACUUUGUAUUCCAUCAAUCUUUUCAGCAGUGUAAGAGAAUUGAAAAUCAUUGUGCCGGCAUUGUCCAGACAAGCCUUUGCAAAGCUGCUGGAGCAUCGUACAAAGUGUGGUGGGCGGUCAGGACCAGUGUGCGGGGACACGCUCCAGCGCAGCUUCCUGGAGUUUUCCUAUUGUGCUUUUGAGGAAGAUAACUUGUCCUGCGGUGCACCUUUCACCUGCCCCGCUUGCACCCCAGACAUGCUGGCAAUCUCUGUGGAUGGCAACAGGAAGCUAUACCGGUUUUGCCGAAAUGGAAGCUCCGACUCUUCGUUUUUUGAAGGGGCAUUUAUCGCAGAAGACACAUCUGUGUCUGCAUUUGUUGAUCUCCUGCAUAAAGGUGUGAAACAGCUACCUGGACAAGGCAGAUGUGGGAGCUCCUCGUGGACAGCAGCGAAGGAGACUUCUAGGAGGACCUACAAGAGGACCUACGAAGAGGGCAUUGAGGUUGCAGUGUGUCGGCAUGGUUUCCUCCUUAAAGCGCUUAAUAUGUUUCGAGAUUACAUGGAGUGGCAAAAACCAAGAAGGAGCAGGGUCAACUGCGGGGGAGGAAGUUGA